AUGGUAGAGCUGGAUUAUCGGCCUUCAACUUCAUUAGUGUUAACCAAUGGAAAUUUGAAGGGGGAUGAGAGUCCAGAAAAGUUGCUGGAGUCCUUGAAUUUGGAUGGGGAUUACCAUUCUAAGGAUCCAAGAGUAUACAAGGAAUUAUGGCAUUUUGCUAAGAGGAGUAACAGUAAACUGAGGGCUUUGCAAUUUGAGAUUCAGGCGAAAGAAAAAGAGCUGGAGAUACAGAAAUUAUCGCGACCCCAAAAGAAAGAAGAAGCGGUUAAGGAGGAAGUGACAUCUGAGGUAUUUAAGCCUCUUACUGAGGAGGAAGAGGGUGAGGUUGCCUAUGCGCUUUCUAAUUCCAAUCGGUAUGGUUUAUUCCCAGGAGAAGAAAAACCACAUACAAAAAAGGCAACAUUCAUGCUUCUCUCAAUACCACAAAAAUUCAUGCUAUUCUUAACAAUACAAAAACUUCAUAUCAUCUGA